GACCAACUCUCGAAGUCGCUGCUUCACGUGGCCGCCGAGACUGGGGACGUACCCAUGGUGAAGGCGCUCCUCGCAGUGGGUGCUUCCGCUGAUUUCGAGAAUGAGUGCGGCUGGACAGCUCUGCAGUAUGCGAGUGGAAACGGACACGCGGAAUGCUGCAUAGGACAUCUGUUGAAGUGCGGGGCACGCAUCGACCGAAAGAGCGAUGAUGGCCUGUCAGCUCUUCAUCAUGCGGCAGAAUCUGGCGCCAAACUGGAUGUGGAGUGCCUUAUCCGUGCCGGAGCCAACGUGAACCUC